AUGACGGGGACCGACGAGGAAUUGAAGGAAGCUGCUGAAAUGGAUCACCAUCAUUUCGUCAAAACUCUGUCAGCUUUUAGGUUUUUUGGUCCACAUCUUCUUAAAAGAGUCGAACGCUCGCGAGCUUAUUAUUACUCGUUACCGUCUACUCACCAUAAACUUAUUCGUGAAUUUGAUGAUAACCUCAAAAAGGUUGAGGAAUGCAUCCUGCACAACAAUGAUUUAAUAGCCAGCAUUAUUAAACAUUCCGCUCCAGACAUUUUCAACGGGGAACAUGCUUGUGAGUUGAAUGGCACAGUUGGUUCAUCAAACGGAACAGAUUUAGAUAACAGUCACGCGGUCGGUCCCCGGGAAAAAAUUGGUCCUUUUGCAUUUACAAAUACAGAAAUGGAUAAAGUUCGAUCAGCUUUAAAACAAUUUGUAAGAGAUUGGUCGGUUGAAGGAAAACCAGAGCGGGAUAUAUGUUAUCAAUUUGUACUUAAUGAUGUUUUGGAACUGUUUAACCCAAAGAAAGUAAAUCCUGCAAAUGUCAACAUCCUAGUCCCAGGGGCUGGCCUUGGUCGAUUGGCUUGGGAACUUGCUCAUCUUGGGUACACAUGCCAAGGAAAUGAAUGGAGCUUGUAUAUGCUUAUUCCAGCUUAUUUUAUUCUAAACACAUGCAAACAAGUUAAUGAGUAUAAAUUAUAUCCAUGGAUCGGUCAAUUUUGUAAUAAUAUGUCGCGUGAAGAUCAAAUAACCCCGGUUCAUUUCCCUGAUGUAUGUCCAGCAGAUUUACCUUCUAAUGUUCAAUUUUCUAUGGCAGCUGGAGAUUUCGUUGAAAUUUAUACUGAUCCAAAUACAUGGGAUUGUAUAGCCACUGUGUUUUUCAUUGACACAGCACAUAAUAUUCUUAGUUAUUUGGAUACAAUUUGGCGUAUACUUAAACCUGGCGGUUAUUGGAUCAAUUUUGGUCCAUUAUUAUAUCAUUUCUCUGAUAUACCUGGUGAAGAUUCUUUAGAAUUAAGUUAUACAGAACUUCGUUUAGCUAUUAAACGAUUAGGUUUUGAAAUUGUGCGUGAAAAAUCUAAUAUUCAAUGUGGUUAUACACAAAAUUCAUCAUCAAUGCUAUCAUAUAAUUAUAAUUGUGUAUAUGGUUUAUUUCGUAAACCAUUUAUAACAACAAUAUCACCAACAACUGAAACGAAUGUAACAAAAUUAAUGUCAACAUUGAAUACCACUACUUCAACUAUCAAUGAUAUGAAAUAA